AUGGACGGCCCCGAUCAGAUUGGCCCCGAUCUUUCGCCUAAGCGCACCUUCAGUGAUAAAUUACGAGGCGUCGUAAGAACCUUUACUACUCGCGAUGGUCUCAUCGGCGACUACGACUAUGCUCACCUAUUCACACCAAAGUUGCCCUUCACCAAGCAAGAACGGAGAUCCGCUCCUUUCUUCGGUCUUGAUGAUCGUGUUCCUGUUCUUCUCGCUUUGAUCCUAGGAUUGCAGCAUGCUCUUGCCAUGUUGGCUGGUGUUAUUUCACCACCAAUUAUGCUCGGCGGUAGCUCCGGUGUCAACUUCGCGACAGAAGACUACCAGUACCUUGUUUCAACAUCUUUGAUCGUAUCGGGCUUUCUCAGCGCUAUUCAAAUGACCCGCUUCCACAUCUACGGCACGAAAUACUAUAUUGGAACUGGAUUAUUAUCAGUGGUCGGCACAUCAUUCGCCACAAUCACCGUCGCUACCGGCGCCUUCACCCAAAUGUACGAAACAGGCUACUGUCCGACUGACGCCGACGGAAACAAACUCCCCUGUCCAAAGGGCUACGGCGCCCUCCUCGGAACAUCAUGUCUAUGCGCUCUUCUCGAAAUUGGUCUCUCCUUCAUGAGCAGCAAUCUCCUCGCCCGUAUCUUCCCACCACUCGUCACCGGUCCCACCGUGCUCCUGAUCGGCGCCUCCCUCAUCGAAUCCGCCAUGGAAGACUGGGGCGGUGGUUCCGGCUGUUACUCUCCCCGCGCCAUGUGUCCCGAUGCCAGCGCCCCACACGCCUUAAUGUGGGGUAGCCCGCAGUUCAUCGGACUGGGCUUCCUCGUCUUCGUAACCAUCAUCCUCUGUGAACGAUUCGGUCCCCCAAUCCUGAAGUCCUGCGCCGUUAUCGUCGGUCUCGUGGUCGGUUCGAUCGUCGCGGCUGCUUGCAACUACUUUGAGAGCUCCGGAAUCGCCGAGGCUCCCGUUAUCUCUUUCGCUUGGGUCCACACCUUCCCGCUCUCGGUCUACCCUCCACUGAUCCUCCCGCUGCUGGCACUGUACGUUGUGAUCAUGAUGGAGUCCAUUGGCGAUAUCACAGCCACCUGUGAUGUAUCCCGGCUCCGCGUCGAGGGUGCGAUGUUCGAUUCCCGCAUCCAGGGUGGUGUUCUCGGUAACGGAAUCACCUGUGUGCUCGCAGGAUUGAUGACCAUCUCACCGAUGUCCGUGUUCGCACAGAACAACGGUGUCAUCGCCCUGACCAAGUGCGCGAACCGAAAUGCCGGUUACUGCUGCUGCUUCUUCCUGAUUGUCAUGGGUCUGUUUGCGAAGUUCGCUGCUGCGCUCGUGUCGAUCCCUAGCGCGGUCCUUGGUGGCAUGACGACCUUCUUGUUCAGCAGUGUUGCCAUCUCGGGUAUCCGCAUUAUCUCCACCAUCGACUUUAACCGUCGGAACCGUUUCGUCCUGACCGCUAGCUUUGCGCUGGGAAUGGGUAUUACGCUCGUCCCGUCUUGGUGGAGCUACGUCUUCUCGUAUGACGGUGAUAACCGUGCCUUGGAGGGUCUGCUGAAUGCCGUUGACUUGGUGAUGACCAACGGCUUCGCAGUCACUGCCUUGGUGGGUGUGAUUUUGAACAUGCUUCUUCCCCAUGAGGCGGAUGAGGUUAUCGAGUCUGAGGAUGAGCCGGAGGUCAUCGAGCAGGCUGAGCCCACGACUUCUGGCAAGUCGGAGUCUACUGCGGCAUAA